AUGGGUCAAGACGAGGAUCGACCAAAAAGUAAUGGUCUGGCCCAAGCUUUGAGACAGCAAGCUUCCUUUGGUCGCUUGGAACAAAAUCACACCGUGAUUAUGGCUUCGAUUGACUUUAUCCGACGGGAUGAUUUAAAUGGUGAGCAUCAAGUGGGCCUUAUUGGAAAUUUGCAUCCUAAACGAGAAUUAUACGAUUAUUGCACAAGGCUGAAGCCACAUGUUGCCAGCUAA